GCAACAUCACACUGUUGACAGCAGUGUCGGAGUCAGGGUUUUGUUACGUGUAUAAAUUAAUAAAAGCUCUGUGAAAAUUGUGCAAAUCAUUAUAAACUAAUAGCCAAAAGUAUUCGUAGCCGGUCGCUACCAUGAAGUUCCGUGCCAAGAUGCAGGAUGUGCUUUACAUGCGCGAGUUCCAGGCCAUAAUUGCCACGCUGGCCAAGUUGGCCAAAGAUUGCGUGAUGAUCCUGGCGCAGGAGCGCAUGCAUUUCAUAGUGAACGAGGAUCACAGCUCGACGUCGUCGCCGCUUGUGUGGGUGACCAUAGCAUCGAAAGAUUACUUUCCGGAAUAUAAAAUGUCACCAGCACGACCCGAACAGGAGCUCAUAGUGCUGGCCAUGUCCGCAUCGCAUCUGAGUCGUGCCCUUGCCGUGCUCCGCAGCGGAACCACCAGCACCGUGCACAGUUGCAAAUUGAAAUUGAAGAUGAUACAAUUUCCAUGCAUCUCGGUGAUUGCGUCGGUGGUGUCGCCGAGUUCCUCCGAGUCGCGUGAGGUGGUUCACGAUGUGCCAGCCACAAUAAUCCCCGCCAGCGACUGGGCCGCCUAUGUGCUGCCCAAGGUGCCGUCCGCUGAGAUUGUGCUCGGAUUGCCAUCGUUGCGUCUGAUGCGCAGUUUGAUUGACAAACUGAAGAACAUCUCGCCGAGUCUCGUAUUCCAUGGCAGCUCUGGCGGAGAGUUGAAUCUCGUAUCCGAAUCGGAUAUGGCCACAAUUACAACUCGUUUUAGUCGCCUGCUGCCAUAUCCUGCCACUAAACAGGUGGGAGUGGGGGUGGGCGAGGCUUCCUGCUCUGUGGACUCCCGCAAGGCGUCGGCGUUCUUCGGUGCUCUGCAGCUGCCCAAUGAGGAAAUCAUCAUCGGCAUAGAUCGGGAGCACUGCAUCUAUUUGCAGCUAGAUAUACGCAACAAUGUUGUUUUACAUUCCGUUCUGCCAGCUGUUUGUGUUUAGAAUUGAUAAUUAUUUAAACAGCAGCAAAUAAAUGUAAGCUAUAUAUUAUA